AUGUCUGUGGAUGCUGCGUUCGUCGAAGCGCUUCCAAAAGUUGAGCUGCACGCGCACUUGACCGGCAGUAUCAGUCCCGAAUGCCUUCACGAGAUCUGGGCACGCAAACAGAGCACGUUGGAGGAUCCCCUGUCUGUCUUGCGGCCGCACGGAGCUUACCAUGAUAUCCUCACGUUCUUCAAGCUUUUUGAUGCCUACAUCUAUGGCCUCUGCGACGAUAUUGAGACAGUGGCAUACGCUACUGGUAGAGUGCUUCAAGACUUCGAGAACGACGGUGUCAGAUAUCUCGAACUUCGGACCACACCUCGGGAGUCCAGUGAAACUGGCAUGACGAAAGAGAUAUAUGUUCAGACGGUGAUCAAGGCGAUUGAAGACCACGAUACGACUACAAUGCCGACAUACUUGAUACUGUCCGUUGACCGGCGUAACACUGCCUCACAAGCUAUGGAAGUGGUUGACCUUGCCAUGAAGUAUCAAGAUCGUGGAGUCGUAGGCAUCGAUCUAUGUGGCAACCCGUUGAAAGGUGAAGUCUCUACCUUCCAGACUGUCUUUUCGCGAGCCAAGGCAAAUGGUCUGAAGGUCACACUGCAUUUCGCAGAGGUGCCGGAGUCAUCGACCGACCAAGAGCUUCGCACGCUGCUGUCCUUCCAACCAGAUCGCUUAGGCCAUGUGAUCAACACAUCUUCUGAGAUCGAUUCCAUGAUCGAAGAGCAAGCCUGUGGUCUCGAGCUUUGUCUUUCAUGCAACGUGCAUGCCAAAAUGCUACCCAAUGCCGGGCGAUUCGCGGACCACCAUUUUGGUCAAUGGUACUCUAGACCGAAUGCCAUCGCGCUUUGCACGGAUGAUGUGGGAGUAUUUGGCAGCACCGUGUCGAAUGAAUAUCUCCUCGCUGGGGAGCACUUUCGUCUUGGCAGGAAGGAUCUCACAGCGCUGAGUAGACGUGCUGUGUCAUCGAUAUUUGGUGGAAAGGGUGAGAAGGAGAGAUUGCUCACUCUACUGGAUGACUUCGAGACGAGCAUAGUAGGCUAG